AUGAAAUUUAAUGAAUUCCAAAGCGCUAUCGAACUAUUAGACAGAGACGUUGCUGAGAAUGAUAACGGAUUUGUUUUGGGAUGGGGAUCAACGACUUACCCAGAAAAUUCAUAUCCUUUACAAAUGCAAAAGGCCAACAUGAGAAUUAUUCCAGAAAGAUUGUAUUCUACAUAUUUUAAAUUUCUUAUACACGACACACAAUUUUGUGCAUUGGAUAAAGCAGAAGUUGGAGCAUGCAAAGGUGAUGGUGGAGAUCCAUUUGUCAUUGAUGGAAAACUCGCUGGUAUUGUAUCAGUUCUCUAUUAUUGUGCCAAAGGUGUUCCUGAUGUGUAUACGAAAAUCUAUUAUUACAUUGAUUUCAUAAGAGAUAUGAUGCUUCGUUAA